AUGAAGUUCAACGCUGCCAUCCUGCUCGCCGGCGCCUCUGCCGUGUCAGCCAGCUUCAACCACAACAUCGACGCCAUCGGUUACUCCUUGGGCGGACUUCACUCCGCAGUCGAGGCUUACACCAUCCCCGACAAAUACGCCGCCCAGAGCAUCAACGAUGCGGCCGAUGAUGUCAACGCCCUGAUCGCCGAUGCCAUCCAUAUUGCCAAGGGCGUCGAGUCUCUCGCCGAAGACGUCGCCGAAGACGCCGUCGCCAGCCUCAAGACCGUUCUGGACAAGGCCGAGAAACUCAGCGUCCUAGUUGGCAAGAGCGCUGGAGUCCUCCUCGAGGAUGUUGAGGAGCUCGGCGAGUCUGCUGCUCACUUCGUUCUCGGUGGCUUCGCCAACAUUGAGCACGGCGCUUUGAGCUUUGCCGAUGUCACCGCCCGUCUCUUCAUCGGCGGCCUUGCGUCUGAGGCCCGCGCGUUGAGCAAUGGCGUGAUCGGCGCCUUCCACGAUAUCGUCGAUGUCCUUUAG